CCACGAGUCGGAUUCAAAUUUCUUCUGAAAUAUUUAUGUCCAUUUGCAACUCCCAACUUUUAAUACCAACAUCCAAUAAUGGUCGCGCCAAAAGAACCCCAGUUAAAUGACACACUUUUCAUUCCAAAAAACGGCUCUACCAAUGAUACCACUGCUUUCCGAGCCGACAAUGGUGCUCAAGAAAAGAUAGAAGCAACCAAACAUCGCAGCUGGCGCUUUUGGCUAGUUUAUCUAUGCCUCUGCUGGAUAUCUUUCCUAUCCGCACUUGACGGUUCAAUUAUCACGACUGCAUUGCCUACAAUUACAGACAAUAUUGGAGGCAAAGAUAAGUUCGUAUGGAUCGCAAACUGCUUUGUUCUUGCAUCUACAGUCAUUCAACCCUGUUGUGCUCAGCUUUCCAACAUUUUUGGUCGCAGAAUCCCAAUGAUUAUCUCAGUAGCACUAUUUGCUCUUGGAAGCGGUAUUGCUGGCGGCUCGAAUGGUGUUGCUAUGAUGAUUGCGGGCCGUACUGUGCAAGGACUUGGAUCAGGAGGCAUAUACCUUCUGGUCGACCUCAUCACGUGUGAUCUUGUCUCACCACGUGAAAGAGGAAAGUAUUUGGGUAUCAUGCUUUCAGCUGCUGCUGUUGGUUCAAUUCUUGGGCCUGUUUUCGGUGGCCUCCUCGCUGAGGCAAACUGGCGUUGGGUCUUCUACAUAAAUCUGCCCAUUUCUGGUGUUGUUUUGGUGGUAAUGACUUUGUUUUUACGACUGAAAAAGAAGGAAGAACCGUCGUGGAAGGCGGUGGUUGAAAAUGUCGACUGGAUUGGGAACAUCAUAUUCAUAGGGUCUAUGUGCUCCCUUCUUAUCGCAUUGAUUUCUGGUGGUGUAGUCUAUUCUUGGUCUUCCUGGCGAGUUAUAGUACCACUAGUUAUUGGUGUCCUUGGCUGGGGCGGUUUUCAUAUCUACGAGAUGAGCCGUUUCUGCAAGACCCCAGCAAUGCCGCCGUCUCUUUUUGCCAAGAGAAACACUGCAAUCGGAUAUUUCCUUGCAUUUGAUGCGGCUAUGUUGCUGAGGUGGCUUGUCUUUUAUCUUCCUAUCUACUUCCAAGGUGUCCGCGGUACAACUCCCGGUACUUCGGGAGUUGAUAUUUUACCGUACAAUGCUUUCAUUAUACCAGCAUCGAUGGUUGCUGGAGCUCUGAUGUCAAAGUUGGGCAUAUACCGGGCCCUUCAUGGAAUAGGUUUUGCGCUUGUCGCACUUGGAAGUGGUCUCUUGACACUCCUUGACCAACAUUCUUCCACGGCAUUAUGGGUCAUCUUUGAGAUGUUUAUUGCAAUCGGCGAGGGAUUGCUGAUCCCCACCAUUCUCCCCGCAAUACAGACAUCUCUUCCAAGUUCAGAAAUUGCAUCAGCCACUGGUGCAUACGCUUUUAUCCGUAGUUUUGCUUUCGUUUGGGGGGUCACCAUUCCCGCGAUUAUAUUCAAUGGUGAAUUUGAUCACUACAGUUCCUAUAUCAGCGAUGAAUCAGUGCGGAAUGCUCUCAGUGGAGGAGCAGCUUAUGGUAAUGCAGCGGGAACAUACAGAGAGUCUUUGCCAAGCGAUGUACAGGCAGAAAUUGUACAUGUAUACACUGCCGCAUUGAAUAAAGUCUGGCAAGUGGCGAUUGCGUUCGCGUUGCUAGGCUUCAUUUUGAGCUUUUGCCAAAGCCAUAUUGAGUUGAAAAGGGAAGUUAAUUCCGAUUUUGGAUUAAAAGAGAAGGAUGAAGGGGCAGGUACACUGGGCAACACAGAAGCCAAUGCUGGCAAAGAUGACAAGUAAAGUGUGGAAUGGUUGUGGAAGUCAAAAUUCCGGCCUAGCCAUACAAAGUUGAGAGGCUAUCUGUCCCACCUAGGCCGAACUCCCGAGUUGACAAGGACGGACUGUUUACCUUCCAACAAUCAGUCACCUCUAGUGAGGUGGUAAUCAAAGUUUCGGUAGAGGCUCUGCAAUAGUGUUUUCUUUCUUGGUGCUGCAUAGGCUGGACAAUUCAACUAUGACUGGACUUACUUCGAGGGCCAGUUGUCUAUAUAUAUUCUACUAUUUUAGUUGUAUGAUUCUAUAAAUAAUAUCUUCUGAUCAUCAUACACUUCGGUAGUUUGUGAAUGCAAUUAUACACACUCUCUCGUGCGCACAAAUGUUAACCAAUAACCAUGUUUAUCUACUCAGAAUUUGAGUUCAAUUCACAGACG